AUGGGUAUUACAGCUUUAGCUCCAGGAGAGGACCCAGAAGAGGCUGCAAGUGGCUUCUCCCCUAAAGCUAAGUAUGCGAAGAUUGUAGCUCAGGAUGGAAGCCAUGUCUCAGCUCCAGUCCUGACACGAAGUUUAGUUCAGGGAAACAUCAACAUCAACUCACACAAUCAUUAUCAUGGUCCUGGGGUUUCUGCUCCGGCAACACCACCACAGGACCCUGAUCCUAUCUCCAAAAUAAAUGAAUACAAGACAUCCAUCUGCUCCUCAUAUAAAAAAGUGAAGGAGUAUAACUCUCUAUCUGGUGAGAAUGUUCUGCUGGCUGACCGCUACACUGAGCUGCUGAUCGUUGAGACACACAGAAAGCAGAAAGAAAGAGAGGAGGAGAUCCGUUGUAGAGGAGAAGAUCACCAGCAGGUCUUAAAAACCAGGGCCAGUGAAGCGUACGAGAGAAUCACUGUUGACCAGUUGUUCAAACCUGAUAAAGAUGGAGAUGUUCCAAAGGCAGUCAUUCUCCAGGGCCACUCUGGAUAUGGCAAAUCCUUCACUGCUCAGAAGAUCAUGUACGACUGGGCCUCAGGAAAAGUAUUCAAAGACCUGUUCAACCUUGUUCUUCACCUUAAAUGCAAAGAGCUUAAUGACAUCUCAGAGGCAUGCAGUCUGGUGGAUCUCCUGAGCUACUGUCCAAGCUUAACCAGUGAGACAGAAGAGGUGCUGAAGGACUCAAACAUGAAAGUGCUCUUCCUCAUUGAUGGCUUUGAUGAGCUCAAGUUCUCAUUUGAGAAAACUAGCACAGUGCCACCUAAAGACCCUUUCAGAGAAGCUCCUGUUGAGGCCACUCUGAGCGCUCUGCUGAAGGGGCUUCUCCUGCCUAAGUGCUUCCUGCUGGUCACCACCAGGUCCACUGCUUCAGACAAACUGAGCGAUCUGCUCAGUGAUUCUCAGCGUUUCACUGACAUCCUAGGCUUCACUGAGGAGGGGGUGAAUGAGUACUUCCAGAGGUUUUUCAAAGAAAAGCCGCUAGCAAAGAAAGCAUUCGACUGUGUGAGGACCAACGAGACUUUGUACACUGCCUGCUUCAUCCCCGUCAUCUGCUGGAUCAUCUGCACAGUUUUCAGGGAGCAAGAAGAAGAAGGCCUGGACAUCACUAAGGGACUAGAAACAUCCACCUCUAUAUUUGUGCACUUUGUGUCCAUUCUGCUGAAGCAUCACUGCCAGGGUUUGAGUCAGCCUGCUGAGGAGACACUGCUGAGGAGCCUGGGCCAGCUGGCAGAGAGAGGGUUACAGGAACAUCAGGUCCUGUUUGAUGAGAAGAGUUUGUCUGAGGCUUUCCCUGAUCCAUCACAAGCAACCAAACACAAUCCUUUUCUCUGCAAAUUCUUGCAAAGGAAGAAAGUCAAAAAGGAAAGAAUGUACAGUUUCAUGCAUCUGAGCUUCCAGGAGUUCUUCGCUGCUCGCCAGUACCUGAUGUUGGAGAAUAAGAAAGAGGCACUUGACAAACUACAGGAGUUGUUAAGAAACGUUGAACGUUUUAACCCUGUUAUUCAAUUCCUUUUUGGGCUUUCAAACAGAGACAUUUACCCUAACCUGAAAAAGCAGUCCUGGCCAUCCAUUCAAGAUCAUCUGCAGGAGUGGCUUCUAAGCGUUUUGGAAAAGCAGAGAAAGCAUCAAAAGAAUAAUCUGUAUAUGCAUAGCGGAAUGUUUGAGGAUAUGCUGCAUAUACUCCAUUGUCUCUAUGAGCUCCAUGAGGAGGAGUUUGUAAGGAGAGCCAUGGGAGUCUGGGGUGAGAUCAAGUUUGACCGCAUUCCCCUGACGAGGACAGACUGCUGGGUGCUGCUGUACUGCCUGCAGUGUUGCCCGACCAUCAGAAGCCUGAAGCUCACGGAGUGCAACAUAACAGCAGAGAAGCUGGGGAUGCUGCAGCCUGCACUGAGCAGGUGUGAGGAGCUGGGGUUAACUGUGGAGAACCUGUCAGAUGCUGAUGUUGUUGACCUGAUCUCAGCUCUGGGGGAGGGAAAGAUCCUGACUGAACUGAGGUAAUCAUUUUAUAUUUGUGAUUUGUGAUUAUAAAGAACUUGUACAACUUCUAUCUUUUCAACUCUACAUUAGGUAGAGCAAAAAUAGUGUGUUCCUUGUGUUAUAUGCUUGUUGUCUUCCCUUCUGUUUGUGCCGUCCAGGACUGAAUCCAGUUUCUACCCAGUUUAGCUUUGCAGUGUUGGGGAUUAACAUUAACAAAUCUGCCAUCCUGUCUUCCUUAGACAUAGUUUAUCUUAAUAACAAACAGGUCAGGGUUAAUUAAAGUAAAGAGAACAUGAACACACAUGUAUAAUGUGUGAGUGCAUAAUAAAGAGACCAGAAGAGAGAGAUUGAGAUUGGUCUGUAUGUGCUCAUUCACAGCGUGGCACAGAGCAGCCUCUCACCUGAGAGUGUGGAGCAGGUCCUCAGUGUUCUCUCCAGACAAAAGUCUGUGGGUGAAGUCCGUCUGUCUGUGACGACCAUCACUGGC